AUGGCCUUAUACCUGCACAUCGACAUGGACUCCUUCUACGUGUCCGUGGAGCGCGUCCUCGAUCCUUCCCUGGAGGGCAAGCCGGUGAUGGUGGGCGGCGGCGCGGGCCGCGGGGUGGUUACCUCCGCGUCCUACGAAGCCCGUCAAUACGGGGUCCGGUCCGCCAUGCCGGGUUUCCAGGCGCGCCGGCUCUGCCCGGACGGCAUCUUCGUCCCCGGCCGGCGCGGGGUUUACAGCGAAUUUUCCAGGAAGGUAUUCGACCUGCUCCGCUGCUUCUCGCCCGACGUCCGGGCAUUCUCCAUCGACGAGGGACUCGUGAACCUGACCGGCACGGAACGGCUGAUGGGCCAUCCCAUACGCACCGCAAACGAGAUCAUCGACCGCAUCAAGCGCGAUCUGGGGCUGCCGUCGUCCGGGGGCCUCGCCACCCACCCGACCCUGGCCAAGAUCGCCGCCACCGCGGUCAAGCCCCGGGGCUUGCUCUACGUGCCUCCGGGGUCCGAAGAGCGUUUCCUGGGGCCCCUCGACGUCUCGGCCAUCCCCGGCGUCGGCCCCAAGACCUACCGUGAGCUGGUGGGCCGCGGCAUCGCCACGGUGGCUCAGCUUCUCGCACAUCCCCGGCUUGGCCGCCGUUACCUGGACCUGGAGCGCACCACCGAGAGCGGACGCGCCCACGAGCAUUCGAUUGGAAGCGAGACCACGCUUGCGCAACUGCUCACCGAUGCGGCGGCCAUGGAGCAGGUGCUGGGCGGGCUCGUGGGAGACGUGGCGGCGAGACUGCGCCGCCAGGGGGGCCGCGCCCGGCGCAUCACCCUCAAGCUCCGCUAUUCCGACUUCAAGACCAUCACCCGGUCGCGCACCCUGAAAGCGCCCACGUGCUUCGACGUGGACAUCUUCAAGGUUGCCCGGGAGCUGCUCGCGAGCAACCUGACGCCCGGACGGCCGGUACGCCUGCUCGGAAUCAGCACCAGCGGCAUCACCACCGAGGGGUGGCAGGACUCCAUGUUCGACUACCGCGAGCGGGCAUCCAUGGACGAGCUCUACAAGGGCAUCGACCGCCUGCGGCACAAGUAUGGCGAGGGCACCGUCACGCUGGGCGCCGGAAAGAACCGCUCGCACUGA